GUGAUUUGUUUGCUUUUCGGCGAGUGAUGGAGAAAUGUAAAGCGGCAGGACUGCUGUCCUUGCCGUACCCCCUGCGCACCGUGCCCCUGGGCAUGCCAGGGACCCUGCCCGGACUCCCUCGGAGGGACCCCUUCAGAUUGUCCUUACGCCUGGAUGCCGCGUGCUGGGAGCGGGCGCACGGGGGCUGCGCGCGGAGACGCCAGUGCCUGCCCCUGCCGCUGGCCGGCGCCUUCGAGCCCGCCUUCCUCCGCAAGCGCAACGAGCGCGAGCGGCAGCGGGUGCGCUGCGUGAACGAGGGCUACGCGCGCCUCCGAGACCACCUGCCCCGGGAGCUGGCCGACAGGCACCUCAGCAAAGUGGAGACGCUCCGCGCCGCCAUCGGCUACAUCAAGCACCUCCAGGAGCUGCUGGAGCGCCACGCCCGGGGCCCCGAGGGUCCGGCGGGCGCCGGGGCGGAAUGCAACAGCGACGGCGAGUCCAAGGCGUCCUCCGCGCCGUCGCCCGGCAGCGAGCCCGAGGAGCGGUCCAGCUAG